UCAGCCAAUUGUAACUUUGACAAUGGAGAUACCUGCGGUUAUCAAAAUGGCGCUGGACAGUUUAAUUGGAAGGUUAAUAGAGGUUCAACAUCCAGUAGUGGAACAGGGCCAAGCUCUGACGUCAGCGGCAGAGGUAAACUGUUCAAUAAACUUUUAGGUCUUAAUUUCAACCUCAAGUUCAACUUUGUGACGUUACAGUUAGUUUUAGUCAAUGUGACUACGCUUUCCAACCUUUUACAGGUUUUUAUCUGUUCAUCGAAACUUCAAGUCCACGACAGUUCGGUGAUAAAGCUACAAUUUUAACAUCUUACUUGAACGGCCCGCAAUGUAUGAAAUUUUCUUACCAUAUGUACGGUGGUGGUAUUGGAGCCCUGAACAUCUAUGCGAAUAACCAAAGCAUAUUCUCGAGAUCGGGAAAUCAAGGAAACAGAUGGAUAAGUGAGGAAACGUCAAUCUUAGAAGGUGGAAGAUAUAUGGUGAGUAAAGAAAUCAGUGUUUCAGACACACAGAUAUUACAAAAUUUGAGCCAAAGACCAUUCUUUUUCCAAAACGAGAAGGAAGAGGGCCCUGAGGAAAUUUGAGUACGAACGUUGGUCAUUCUCUUGUUGUGUCUGAACCCACAAUACAUUUGCCUCCAACCCGAAAGGAUAAUCCAAUGCUGUUGUUGCACAAAAAUUUAGUGUGAAUUUCCUUUUCAAGAGUCAAAAUGAAACUGAUUAUCCAAAUUAUUUGUAUAAAUAUUUAAGGUUGAGUUUGAAGGCGUUCGCGGUCGUAGUUACGAAGGAGAUAUUGCAAUCGAUGCUAUCAGCUUCACUCCAGGAAGUUGCCCAUUCCAAACACCAAAACCACCUACACCUCGACCAACAAAUCCUCCAACAUCAUCAACAAACCCUCCCACACAAGCAGGUACUGUAGUGGUUUACCACUUUUACAAUUUUUUAGUUAAUACAACCAAGUCAUUAUAUACCAAUGACGAUCACAUGCCCGGGUUGUGGUCCACUGCGCUUUCAGCUUCCAAGGUGUGGAUACUGACUUACUGCGACGUCCAAUACCUUUUGCUAGGAACUUGCCUCGAAUUUGGCUUUUGGCGCGAAUUUCUACUUAAUGUAAUUACACAGGGUGUGGGUUCCAAUUCACCCCACCAAGAGGCUAACGAUAAAUGUGCCCGACAACUAAUGCCCAAUGGAUUAGUUUUCGAUGAGGAAGAAAAAUAGGUCGACCCGGAAAAAACUCAUUGAGGACAGGAGAGAACCAAACAAAGAAGCACAUACAAUAACUGAAUGCAAGCAAUAUACCCUACGCUGGAUCAACAGCAGCAGGCUCAAUUCAUCGGCCUUCACGCCUUCCUAUGUUAUUAUGGGUUGCAUGCAUGCAUUCCCUUUUUAUCUCGCAACUGCAGAGUUACGUUUGCAUCUUCGUUUCCAGACCAUAUGUAGUGUUUUUAAUUGUCCUGUUUAGUUCGCACUUCGUGAGGCCAGGGCGGGGUUGAUGUCGAGUUAAAUGAUACGGAACUGGAAGUGAGUCAGGUCUGUUCACAUGCCAGCCAUCGAUCGGCCAGGUGUCAAGCAUAAACUUGUGCAAAGAGCUACUGACGUUUUUCCAUCGAAUGUCUAGUCGAGUAAAGCACAAUUACAAGCUCUCCCAUUUGGACAAAUUGGAUCAUUGACUGAGUAAACCAAAUACUAAUAUUACAGAGCGUUUGCAGCAAGUGGGGCCACUUAGAGAACACUAAAGGCUCUGUUACACGGUGCAAUUGUUCAUGCAACUUGUCUCGCAAUGGCGUUGCGAGACAAGUUGCACGAGUCAUUGCACCGUUUAACAUGCCUUGCAAUGGUCAAAAUCGUUGCGAGACAAGUUGCAUGAAGCAUUGCAGAGAGUAGAAGUCGGUUCUACUUUUGGCAACGAUUGCACUAAUCCCCGAGCCGGCGGCGCGAAGCGCCGUGCGAGGGUACUAAUUCCCCCCGGCUAUUUACACCCGGGGAAACGAAAGCAUUAGCGAAGUCUAAAGUUCAUCAAUGAGCGCGGGCGUCGGUCACCAACGAUGGGUAGUCAUCCUCACUGAUCUCAAAAAUAUGGUGGACUGUCAUGAAUAACGGACACUGAUUGGUCCAAUUUAAAGUUUGCAUUAUAACGACUGCAUGACGACAGCGAAAUAGCAAACAUUUCUUGAUUUGAUGAGUUGAUGAUUGAUAAAUUUCUUGCAAAUAUUCUUCAUUUUUGCUCGUAUUUCUGCAAGAUUUUGUAAAUUUCAAGAAUGAAAGGGCGAAAGAAUCAGCUAAAAGAAGGGAGCCGACGUUAACGAAGGUAAGUUUGUUUUAAAUAUUGAUUUUAUAAUGGCUUUAAAACCCGACGGCUUUUGCGUAUAUCAAACAACUAUUAAAACAAGACAGCAUAUAAUUUCAGUGUAUCUUUAAUAUUGAUUCCCUUUUUUAUUAUAUUGAAUUUUUAAAUAAAAAAUAAAGCAAAGUUAUUUGCAAGCGAGAAUUUGAAAUCAUUUUAUUGCAAACUCAAAGUUUAUCGAUAAAGCCAUUUAAUAGUUAAAGGCUGUUUAGUUUUAUAAAGAACACUUUAAAACGUUUUGUGAAUUGUUUGUGGUUGAAUUUUACCUUAAAUUGAAGCUUGUAUUACGUAUAAUUACAUACGUAACAUAUAUAUGUUGGGAAAUUGAUAAUUUUGUAAUUAAAAGUGAUAUUUUUAGGCGAUUUUCAUUUGUAAGAAUAUUCUUAAAAAAUUAUCGUGUUAACAUGACAACUACUUCAGAUAUUUCAUGUUCGGAAAAUACAACGGUUUUGUCAGCAAGGCGAGGGUUUCUGCAUGCAUGUAUUUUCUAGUUAUAUUUAGCAUUGCAGCGUGUAACAUGCAGUGCUCUCACAAUCAAAUUUUCGAAUUCCUUAGAAAAAGCUCGAAAAUUCCUCAGAUUUCCUUAUAAUUCCUUAAAUUGGAAAAAUUAUCAGAAGGCCUGAUCACACAGUUGCAAAAAGUGUUUUUUCCUCCUUUUUUCUGUUUUUCAGUUUUUAUAACCUUGUUUCUAAGCACUAAAAUUUGAAAACAUUUGAUUGUUAGCGUAAUGCCAUAAAGAAAACAUUCAAAAUGAUGUAUUUUUGAUUGUUGCUGCAUGAAGAGCGUAAAAAAAUCUGUAGAUUUCAGAAGAAACAGCAUAUACUGACAUUUAACUUUUGAGAAUUUUAAUGAAAAGACCAGUAGCGGACACUUUACGAAAUAUGGGGGGGGGGGGAAGCUCGUGAAAAAUUUUAAAAUUUGAAUGCCGGAAAUGGCAUUUGCAGGGUUCUGAGAACACAUUUUGUAAAAAACUAGGGUUUCAAAAAACACUGUUUUAAGUUUUGUUAUAAAUCACAUGCCAAGCCAUGUACAGAAACAUAUACUAUUAUAUUAUGAUGACAAUUACGUUAUAUGAGUGUGAUUUGUGUUAUUUGGUACUGGAACCAAAUUGGUACUGGAACCAAAUUGGUACUGGAACAUGGCCCGAACAUUUAUGACAUAGAGAACAUACGAAUAUUUAACAAUUAUUCGCCGAAGGCGAGGUGAUUAUCGGUGAAUAAAAACCGAGACGAAGUCGAGGUUUUUAUUCACGAUCAUCACCGAGCCUGAGGUGAAUAAUUGUUUUAGUAUAAUUUCAUAGGUGAUUAUUUGGAAAAAAAUAAGAAAAUACACAUUUCUUUGUCAUUUAAUUGACAAAAAGGCUUCGGCUUGAAAAUCACUUAGGUGAUUAUCGCGUAAUAAUCUCCUCAACGGCAACCAAUCAGCGUGGAGAAUUUUCAAUAAUCACCUAUGUAAUUAUACUAAAUGUAAUUAUGUGCGUAUAAUGUUGCUACUUUCAAGUUUAAAUCUCAUUUGCGUGGCGUGGUUAUCCUCCGUCCAACGUUUUUAGUCCAGGAUAAAAUGUUUCGGAAAUUCCUUAAAAAAUCCUCAAAAACCUAAAUUCCUUAAAAAAAUCCUUAAAACUCUUCAAAAUUCCUAUUUUUAAGGAUAAUUCCUUAAAAGUGAGAGCACUGGUAACAUGGCUUCGUGCAGCUUGUCUCGCAAUGUUUAAUGCUUGGAGAGUUCCUAUUGGCUCUCCCCAGUACACGCUUUACUUAAAUUAAAAUUUGGCGCCAAACAGCGCCUCUCCCUAUUUUCUUCGCACGCCUCUGUCCCGUAUCGUUGCGAGUUGCAUGAAUAUCAUUGCAGCGUGUAACACCUCUUGCAAUGCAUUAUCAAAAUCUUUUUUUAAACAUUGCGAGACAAGUUGCAUGAAAAAUUGCACCGUGUAACAGGGCCUUAACCAAUCACACAGCAGAACAAAAAUAGAAAAAUGAACAAAUGGCGCAUUGGCCAAUCAGCAUUAGGCCAAAAACAAUUUUAACAAAUAAACGAAUGUCAAACAGUAAAAAUAGACUUGAAAAGUAAACACUGCAGUUAAUGGCUUCCUGAAGCUUUCUUUUGAUUGGACGAGCUUUACUUUGAUUAGAUUUUUAUUUUUGUUUUGCAAUGUGAUUGGUUAGUGUUCCACUAACUGUAGACGCACUGCAAGUUAUUGGAAAUUGUAGUGCUAACCGUAAACCUAAGUGUUUAAAAUAUACAAUAACUAUUUACAUGUAUAUUACGAUACACUUUUUCAGAUGAUAAUGCGCAUGUUGCAGACUUAAUUUAAUGAAACAAAUUUCAUUUUCUUAACAUCAUUUCUUUAGCCAAUUGCAACUUUGACAAUGGAGAUACCUGCGGUUAUCAAAAUGGCGCUGGACAGUUUAAUUGGAAGGUUAAUAGAGGUUCAACAUCCAGUAGUGGAACAGGGCCAAGCUCUGACGUCAGCGGCAGAGGUAAACUGUUCAAUAAACUUUUAGGUUUUAACUUCAACCUCAAGUUCAACUUUGUGACGUUACAGUUAGUUUUAGUCAAUGUGACUACGCUUUCCAACCUUUUACAGGUUUUUAUCUGUUCAUCGAAACUUCAAGUCCACGACAGUUCGGUGAUAAAGCUACAAUUUUAACAUCUUACUUGAACGGCCCGCAAUGUAUGAAAUUUUCUUACCAUAUGUACGGUGGUGGGAUUGGAGCCCUGAACAUCUAUGCGAAUAACCAAAGCAUAUUCUCGAGAUCGGGAAAUCAAGGAAACAGAUGGAUAAGUGAGGAAACGUCAAUCUUACAAGGUGGAAGAUAUAUGGUGAGUAAAGAAAUCAGUAUUUCAGACACACAGACAUUACAAAAUUUGAGCCAAAGACCAUUCUUUUUCCAAAACGAGGAAGAAGAGGGCCCUGAGGAAAUUUCAGUACGAACGUUGGUCAUUCUCUUGUUGUGUCUGAACCCACAAUACAUUUGCCUCCAACCCGAAAGGAUAAUCCAAUGCUGUUGUUGAACAAAAAUUUAGUUUGAUUUUCCUUUUCAAGAGCCAAAAUGUAAUUGAUUAUUCAAAUUAUUUGUAUAAAUAUUUAAGGUUACGUUUGAAGGCGUUCGCGGUCGUAGUUACGAAGGUGAUAUAGCAAUCGAUGAAAUCAGCUUCACUCCAGGAAGUUGCUCAGGUACUGUAGUGGUCUACCACUUCUACAAUUUUUUAGUUAAUACAACCAAGUCAUUAUAUACCAAUGACGAUCACAUGCCCGAGUUGUGGUCCACUGCGCUUUCAUCUUCGAAGGUGAACCAAACAAAGAAGCACAUACAAUAACUCGAUGCAAGCAAAUAUACCCUAUGCUGGAUCAACAGCAGCAGGCUCAAUUCAUCGUUAAGAAGCUAACCACGUCUGUCAUUUCAACCUUCACGCCUUCCUAUGUUAUUAUGGGUUGCAUGCAUGCAUUCGCUUUUUAUCUCGCAACUGCAGAGUUACGUUUGCAUCUUCGUUUCCAGACCAUAUGUAGUGUUUUUAUUGUCCUGUUUAGUUCACACUUCGUGAGGCCAGGGCGGGGUUGAUGUCGAGUUAAAUGAUACGGAACUGGAAGUGAGUCAGGUCUGUUCACAUGCCAGCCAUCUAUCGGCCAGGUGUCAAGCAUAAACUUGUGCAAAGAGCUACUGACUUUUUUCCAUCGAAUGUCUAGUCAAGUAAAGCACAAUUACAAGCUCUCCCAUUUGGACAAAUUGGAUCAUUGACUGAGUAAACCAUGUACUAAUAUUACAGUGCGUUUGCAGCAAGUGGGACCACUUAGAGAACACUAACCAAUCACACAGCAGAACAAAAAUAGAAAAAUGAACAAACGGCGCAUUGGCGAAUCAGCAUUAGGCCAAAAACAAUUUUAACAAAUAAACGAAUGUCAAACGGUAAAAAUAGAUUGAAAAGUAAACACUGCAGUUAAUGGCUUCCUGAAGCUUUCUUUUGAUUGGACGAGCUUUACUUUGAUUAGAUUUUUAUUUUUGAUUUGCAAUGUGAUUGGUUAGUGUUCUCUAAGUGGCCCCACUAACUGUAGACGCACUGCAAGUUAUUGGAGAUUGUAGUGCUAACCCUAAACCUAAGUGUUUAAAAUAUACAAUAACUAUUUACAAGUAAUAUUACGAUACACUUUUUCAGAUGAUAAUGCGCAUGGUGCUGACUUAAUUUAAUGAAACAAAUUUCAUUUUCUCAACAUCAUUUCUUUUAGCCAAUUGCAACUUUGACAAUGGAGAUACCUGCGGUUAUCAAAAUGGCGCUGGACAGUUUAAUUGGAAGGUUAAUAGAGGUUCAACACCUAGUAGUGGAACAGGGCCAAGCUCUGACGUCAGCGGCAGAGGUAAACUGUUCAAUAAACUUUUAGGUCUUAACUUCAACCUCAAGUUCAACUUUGUGACGUUACAGUUAAUUUUGUUUUGGUCAAUGUGACUACGCUUUCCAACCUUUUACAGGUUUUUAUCUGUUCAUCGAAACUUCAAGUCCACGACAGUUCGGUGAUAAAGCUACAAUUUUAACAUCUUACUUGAACGGCCCGCAAUGUAUGAAAUUUUCUUACCAUAUGUACGGUGGUGGUAUUGGAGCCCUGAACAUCUAUGCGAAUAACCAAAGCAUAUUCUCGAGAUCGGGAAAUCAAGGAAACAGAUGGAUAAGUGAGGAAACGUCAAUCUUACAAGGUGGAAGAUAUAUGGUGAGUAAAGAAAUCAGUGUUUCAGACACACAGAUAUUACAAAAUUUGAGCCAAAGACCAUUCUUUUUCCAAAACGAGAAGGAAGAGGGCCCUGAGGAAAUUUGAGUACGAACGUUGGUCAUUCUCUUGUUGUGUCUGAACCCACAAUACAUUUGCCUCCAACCCGAAAGGAUAAUCCAAUGCUGUUGUUGCACAAAAAUUUAGUGUGAAUUUCCUUUUCAAGAGUCAAAAUGAAACUGAUUAUCCAAAUUAUUUGUAUAAAUAUUUAAGGUUGAGUUUGAAGGCGUUCGCGGUCGUAGUUACGAAGGAGAUAUUGCAAUCGAUGCUAUCAGCUUCACUCCAGGAAGUUGCCCAUUCCAAACACCAAAACCACCUACACCUCGACCAACAAAUCCUCCAACAUCAUCAACAAACCCUCCCACACAAGCAGGUACUGUAGUGGUUUACCACUUUUACAAUUUUUUAGUUAAUACAACCAAGUCAUUAUAUACCAAUGACGAUCACAUGCCCGGGUUGUGGUCCACUGCGCUUUCAGCUUCCAAGGUGUGGAUACUGACUUACUGCGACGUCCAAUACCUUUUGCUAGGAACUUGCCUCGAAUUUGGCUUUUGGCGCGAAUUUCUACUUAAUGUAAUUACACAGGGUGUGGGUUCCAAUUCACCCCACCAAGAGGCUAACGAUAAAUGUGCCCGACAACUAAUGCCCAAUGGAUUAGUUUUCGAUGAGGAAGAAAAAUAGGUCGACCCGGAAAAAACUCAUUGAGGACAGGAGAGAACCAAACAAAGAAGCACAUACAAUAACUGAAUGCAAGCAAUAUACCCUACGCUGGAUCAACAGCAGCAGGCUCAAUUCAUCGGCCUUCACGCCUUCCUAUGUUAUUAUGGGUUGCAUGCAUGCAUUCCCUUUUUAUCUCGCAACUGCAGAGUUACGUUUGCAUCUUCGUUUCCAGACCAUAUGUAGUGUUUUUAAUUGUCCUGUUUAGUUCGCACUUCGUGAGGCCAGGGCGGGGUUGAUGUCGAGUUAAAUGAUACGGAACUGGAAGUGAGUCAGGUCUGUUCACAUGCCAGCCAUCGAUCGGCCAGGUGUCAAGCAUAAACUUGUGCAAAGAGCUACUGACGUUUUUCCAUCGAAUGUCUAGUCGAGUAAAGCACAAUUACAAGCUCUCCCAUUUGGACAAAUUGGAUCAUUGACUGAGUAAACCAAAUACUAAUAUUACAGAGCGUUUGCAGCAAGUGGGGCCACUUAGAGAACACUAAAGGCUCUGUUACACGGUGCAAUUGUUCAUGCAACUUGUCUCGCAAUGGCGUUGCGAGACAAGUUGCACGAGUCAUUGCACCGUUUAACAUGCCUUGCAAUGGUCAAAAUCGUUGCGAGACAAGUUGCAUGAAGCAUUGCAGAGAGUAGAAGUCGGUUCUACUUUUGGCAACGAUUGCACUAAUCCCCGAGCCGGCGGCGCGAAGCGCCGUGCGAGGGUACUAAUUCCCCCCGGCUAUUUACACCCGGGGAAACGAAAGCAUUAGCGAAGUCUAAAGUUCAUCAAUGAGCGCGGGCGUCGGUCACCAACGAUGGGUGGUCAUCCUCAC